CAUUUUCCACCGACUCCAGUGUGUGACUACUGCAAGUGUCACUCUUGCUCUUGCAAGUCCACUUACUAAAAGUCUCGAUCAGUGAGGAAAAACUUGGUCAUUGGUUCCAUUGUGAUCGUAAUUGAAAUCGCAGAAAGUUUCGCGUCGAUUUAAUCGAGUAAACUGUUACGUUUUGUGCACCCUCGUAAAGUGUCGAUGUAUUUACAAAACGGCUCACCGCGGUCCGUAUAAUAAAUUAUAUUUGUCGAUGGAUAUUUCGCUCGAUAGAUUUGCGGAGUGUCUGUUCGGUAAGCAACGGUGCAGAAAUUGAACGAUAUUCUUCUGGAAGAAAAAUUCUGUACGACUCUGAUUUACAUCUGAUUCUCCCACGGACUUCCGUUUGAAAUAGUUUCGCACGUUCUAAGAGCGUGUUACAGCAACGCCAAGAAUUCUCUUCUUGCUGUUUAUUUGAAAUCCUGCUUUUACUUUAAAAGCAGCCUUCAGACGUUUCCCGAUAAAAGAUUCACGGCAGAAGAUAUCGGGAUUAGAAUACGCGAGCAGGUUGUUCAACGAUAAUUCGAUAUCGAUGAUACGCGAAGGUGGCGAACGAGAAAGGUUUCGUUGGUAGAAGGUUUUUGCCUAAAUUAUUUCGUACGGGUUUAAGGAUAAGUGGGCCGGUCGAGCCGCGGGCUAUAGGCCAGCCCGAAUUUCGUACCGGCAGAUCAUCGACCGUUAGAGGAAACCGUGAAAGAGAGAAAGAGAGAAGGAUCGAGAUUGUGAGAAAAGAAAGCAGAGACCGACCGGUGGACUGGUCUCCUCGUUGAAAUGAGUCACUCGUUCCUUUCUCAAUGAAUAGUCGUUGUUUAACCAGUGCGAAAGUGGCAGAACGUGAUUACGCUCAUCGCUAAUUCUUUUCUAAGAAGAUUAGAAAAGAAAUUAAUCUUUCGUUCGCCGCGUCAUCGAUAUCCUCGAUAUCUUGAGACGGUAAAGGAUCUGCAAUCUGAGAGAUUGGCAAAAACCCGAAGGAAAGAAGAAAGGUCCCUCUGGUCCAAAUUAACGAAAGAAACGUAGAAGACGAUUCGGGCAUGGGAAACGAUAAAACAGGGUGAGGUCAGGGCCGAAGACGAAGCAAGACCAGCGUCGAAGAAAAGGUCGAUCAGAAAACGCGAAUGAAUUGAACAAUUUUCCUGGAAUUAAGACUGCCAGUGGAGGUGAAACGUGAAAGGGAGAAAAAAGGGUAGAGAUAGUGGUAGUAGAGAAUAGCAAGAUGAGCAGACGAACCGUGCCACCGGCUGGACUGAACUCCUGCGAGAGGAUCAGACCGGAACGACCCAGGAAUCCCAUUCAGAGACUCGUAUGGGGUCCAGGUUCUCAAUUUCAAGUCAGUCCAAUCGGUCUACCCGAGGACGAAGGUUCGAACCCUAGAAUGGCUCUGAGAAGAUUGCUGAGACUGUACGAAGGAAGACAGUACCGAGAGGCAGCCAGUUUUCUCAUGAAGCUACCCCAGUACACCCUGAAGGCGACCCUACCGGAUAUUCCGGUGGACCUGUUGAUCGAAACUCUCCCGCACAGUUUGUCUCUGUUAGAGGCUCUCUAUUCGAGGCUGGUCGAGUUGAACGUGAACGAUGCAAAGAUUUUGAGAGUGGAACAAGUACUCUGGAGGGUGGUGCAUCUGAUUUCGACCAGCCAGGACCACUUCCGUUUGAGGAUCUGGAGCAAACUGCUGGUGUCCCUGGCCAGAUUGGCACCGAACGCGAGAAAUACCCUGGUCACGCGAAAAAGAUCUUUGGAAAGAGCUGUCGAGGGUUUGGGUAAACACGGGCUGGUACCUUCUUGCCAAGUGAACAAUCCGGAGAACGGUACCGGGUCGAAUUUGCUUCCUCUUCCGGUCGCGAUGAAAGAGGAGCUCGAGAACAGAAUCGAAGCAUACAAAUUGGCAGUGCACAAAGUCGAGAGCUUUGGGAAACACGCCAGAACUCACAAAGCUGAUCAAGGUGUACAAGCUGCCUCGCACCAGAGGCAACUUUCGCUAAAGUACAGCGAGAUUCAGCAGAGGCUGAUCGAUAAUCAGAGUCUACUGAACACGUUGGAGAAAGCUGGUGACCCGAGCGGCUUAGAAAGCUUGCUAUCCGAGCUGAAACGAAGGGUCGAACAGGACAAGGAGGCGCUCAGACAAUGGACGGCCUUGAGGAAAUCCACGCUAGCUGGAAACACGAAAAAUCCACCGUUGGCUGCCAGCCUCUUACAAUUCUCCAGGGGUUGCGAGCUGGCUCUGCAAUUGAUGGAUCAAGAUAAUCUACAGGUAUUCCAUCUGGCCGAGAAUCUGGCGGACGAUUACGAAGAGGAAUCCAGCAGCAGUGCCGGCUAUCAUACGGAUGAGAGUUGCAGUCCAACGCCGGAACCGGUGGUCAGGAAGGGCAGCUGCGAGAUUCACAGGUUCGAGGAGAAUUUUUCGAAUUCGACUUGCUGCGAGGAGGCGAGCACGAAACGACUGGUCGAAAGAUACGCUGCGCUGUACGGGCAAGCGCAUUUGCAUACCUUGGAUGCCUUGGACGCUUUGGAGCCAUUGAAAGACGCCCCCGACUUGAAAGCCAAGAUUCUCUAUUCAGUGGUCGUGCUCUCGUGGCGAUUGGCUGGCACGAUACAGACGUCUAGAUACCUGGAGGUGGUGAAAAUUUUAAACGGUAGCAGCACCGCGAAUGCUCGGACGACACCGGAACUGGAGGAAUGCGUGAAGAGGCAGCUAGCGACUUCCGGCGCGGAAACCGGUUGCCGGGAGGUCGCUGAACAGGUGGUGAACCAGCUGGAAAGGACGUUGUACGACUUUCCGUGUCUACGGGGAUCCUCGGAGGUGAAGAAGUACGCGAUCGGUUGCUCCAGUUUGGCGUGGGCUUGUUUGGCACGCGCCACGCCGUUGGUCCUCGAUGUGGCCCACAGCGUGGAAUUCAGACGUGAAGUGCACGUGAGACAUCACGCCUCGCCGGAUCCCAACGGUACCAGGAUCAAGGCGGUCUUAUGGCCUGGUCUCAGAGAAGACUGCCAGGGACCUUGCCUUCACAAGGCUGUCGUUUUGACUAUUUGACGUUUUCAGGGCUCGAUCAAUUAUUCAGAGGCGAUAUCCUCUGGCAAAGUGUCGCGAACUCUAUUCCUGAUCGCGACACUUUGUCAAACAGGUAAAUUUUCUAUAGGAAUCGACAGGUGCUUUUUCAUCUAAUUUAGCUCUCCAUCGAGUUCACUAUUGAAUCAAGCAAAGUAUUCUGAUUUAGAUUUUAAUUAUCUAAAAUAUCUCGUCCUAUAAUUUUUAAGUUGAAUCAAGUGUUUAUCGUAAGAUUCGCCUCGAUUAUCCUUGUAUCGAAUAACCGAUCGUAAAUACACGCUAUUUAAGGUAAUAAAACCCUCUGAAAUUUCAUCGGCUCGUUAAAUGUGCCAGGUGUAAUGCGCGAUAAAAUUCGCGAAAAAUAGAGCGAUCUUUCCCAAGUUAGACGUAAAUCGAUGAAACGUGCGAGAUUUCGAGUAACGUAAGAAUUAUCUACGAACUGAAACGGUGCGGAGGCAAAGUUGAGGUAUAGGAACAAAGUAAGAGAAACCGUAGAGAUUGUAUUAUAUAUGCAGUCUACGCCAUUGGCUGCUCCAAUUUCCACGCGUGCCUCGUCGCAGUCUUGAAUUUCCCAAGGGAAACCGGAAUUACAUUUACACUCGGCCUUAUGUAACAGAAACGCGUCGUGUCGCGUCGAGUCGCGCUCUUUACUGUUCCGAGAUACGGCUUUAACUUCAACGGAGCAAUGAGAUUUUUUUAAUACCGUGUAGGGAAGCUAAACUCGUCCCGGAAGGAAUCCAAGCUGUCUUCAGAUUCGCGAUGUAAAUCGAGAUAAACAAAAUACCAUGUCAUGAAAGUCUGUUCGAACGACCUCCUUGGAACGUGGAAGUCGUACGAUAAUUAGCUCUAACGCAACCCCAUAUUUUUUCCCUCGAAAUUUUAUGUUAGAAGUAACGAAAGCUCUUUGGAAACUUUUCGUUCAACCAGAUAUUUCCGUAAAGGAAGUCGUAACAACAGCAACGAAACUCGUGCAACUUUAUGUCCGACGUGUGUAGCCAUUGAUGGCCCGGAAGUAUCGGUGUUCCAGGACGAUAGCGACGAAAACGAUGAAACUCCUCCUCGGUCGACCUGUCCAAAUUCAUGACACGUACCUCCAAGUACUUUCCUCUUUUCUAAUACUAGAACCCGAGAAAUACUGUCACCCUCGUUACCGUACGAUGAGGACCGUCGUUUCUCUUUUCAUAACGAAACCUUUCGGUUGAACUGUUCUUUUAGGAAAAGAAAUGUUCAGUUUCUUUGAAUUUCAAAGGAUUUAUUAUAAAUCUUUUUCUAUAUACAUAAUUCAUACAUCGUUUCAACUGUCUCUCUCUCUCUCUCCGCUUGUCACAAGUACAAAAGUACACGAGAGGGUAACGUUUAACUUGGAUGAUGAAUCCUAGUCGAGCAGAAACGCCCUGGGAGAGAUUAAAACGCAGCUUGGUAAAAAUAAACAGUGAAUCGAGUAGAACAACGCGAGGGUGAAAUCACUCGACAGAUUCGUCGAGCUUUCUAUUGUAUGUACAUCUAGCUUAAUAAAUACACUUUGAUUUUUC